CUCGAACACGCCCGCGCGAACCGUGCGCCACAGGGAGGCCGGGAGCCCGAGGGCUGGCGUGCCCUUCCAGCAGACGCGCUCGCUCGCGCCUCUGGGCUCCGCGUUCGCCGAAGGAGAGCGCGACAGGGCGUAGCUGAUUUUUUGAGCACAAAAGUCUUCUAGAAGAAAACUGAACAUUCCUAAAGGAUGGCAGAAGCAGUUUUGAUUGAUCUCUUCGAUUUGAAACUGAACUCUGAGGAAAACUGCCAUCAGACAUUACUGAAGACAUUAAAUGCUAUUCACUACCACCAUGCUGCCAAGGCCAGGUUCCUUUGCAUAAUACAUUGCCGUAACAUGGGCAGUGAAAGGGAUGGUGAAUGUGGUAUUUGUGAACUGGAAACAAGAAAUGGAUUAUCAGCUUUCAUGAGAGAAUUUGAGAUUGUUAGCAAGCCCAGCAUAGCUGUCUCUUUGUAUACCAUUAAACAAAAAAUUGAUGAAAAAAAUUUGAGCAGCAUUAAGGUGAUUGUCCCUGUGCACAGGAAAACAUUAAUGAAGGCCUUUAUUGACCAAUUCUUCACUGAGGUUUACAGUUUUGAAUUUCAAGAUUUACAGGUGACUUUGAGGGAUGGCCUUUUGAAACAGUCCACUGAAAUAAACACGAUCACAGCUCAUGAACAGGAAGAAAUCCAGAAUGAAAUAGAAACAUAUUUGAGAAGCCUGCCAGCAAUCAAAGGGGAACUAACUACUAUCACAUCUCCUUUGAUCCCAGAUAUUUUUAUACAUGGAUUCACCACAAGAACAGGUGGAAUAUCUUAUAUACCAACUCUUAGUUCACUCAAUCUCUUUAGUAGUUCCAAACGGAGGGAUCCCAAAGUAGUUGUUCAAGAAAAUCUACGUAGGUUGGCGAAUGCUGCAGGUUUUAAUGCAGAGAAAUUUUACCGAAUAAAGACUGAUCAUGCCAAUGAUGUAUGGAUUAUGGGAAAGAAGGAGCCUGAGUCUUAUGAUGGAAUUAUCACAAAUAAGAGAGGAGUCACAAUAGCAGCUCUUGGUGCUGACUGUAUACCUAUAGUUUUUGCAGAUCCUGUGAAAAAGGCAUGUGGCGUUGCUCACUCUGGCUGGAAAGGUACUUUGUUAGGUGUUGCUAUGGCUACAGUGAAUGCAAUGAUAACAGAAUAUGGCUGUAGGCUGGAAGACAUUGUUGUUGUUCUCGGACCUUCCAUAGGACCUUGUUGCUUUACUCUGCCCAGAGAAUCGGCACAUUCAUUUCAUAACCUUCAUCCUGAAUGCAUACGGCUGUCUGACUCACCAAGUCCUUACGUUGACAUCCGUAAAGCUACCAGGAUUCUUCUAGAACAAGGAGGAAUUCUUCCACAGAAUAUUCAAGACCAGAACCAAGAUCUCAACCUCUGUACAUCCUGCCAUCCUGACAAGUUUUUCUCCCAUGUCCGCGAUGGCCUUAACUUUGGGACGCAGAUUGGCUUCAUCUCAAUCAGAGAAUGAGGUUCUUGACUGGAAUUUUUCAUAAAUACUUCCUACAUCCUUCUAUCCUGACUGCAAGAGAAAAAUUUAGCUGCUCGAUUUAUAUAGAACCAGGAAGAUUACAUAAGUUAAUUCAUCUUUAGGGCACAUUUUCACUAUUACCCAAAGCCAAAUGAUCUUGAUUUAAUUCUUAUGACUACUGACAAAAGAAUCGGUGUGAUGUCAUCCCUAAAGUUUGUCCUCUGUGUUCAUUCUAAGUCAAGAAUAGUCUCUUCAGUUCAGGAUUUCAGUAUUUGUAGGAUGUUCUCUUUCUUUAAGCAUUGAGUUAAGCACAGUGAAUCAAAUGAGGAAGACUUUUUGCCUUUGAGUCAAAUGCAGUGAAACACACAAACACUUUAUUUUUAAUACAUUUUUAUUUUAAAAAUUGCCUUAUACAAUAUUAGGUUUUAUCAUGGCAUUUUCAAACAUAAUUUGUUUUUGCUGAUCAUCCCCUUCCUGUUGCCUGUUGUCCUGUCCUCAUGUCGUGCUCAUGAGGACACAUGCUCAUGUCAUACCCUUCCAACCUCAAUGGCCUUCCUGCUUUCAUGUCUAAUGUGUUAUCUUACCCUCCCUGCUCACGUUCCCACUUCUAGUUUCAACACCUAUAUGCACACUUACCCAUAUAUUUAUAUGUAUUUGUGAGUGUGUGUAUAUAUUAUAUAUAAUAUAUAUAUAUAUAAUAU